AUGAAAACUUUAUAAAAGGCUAUAAAGAAAAAAGGAAGCUUGACUCUCAUAAAAUAGACAGAUAUGAAAGUACAUAACAGUUAUAAAGUUCAAAAUGCUCCUUUUUAAAACAAUAUGUCCAAGUACAUUUUGAAUGGCAAUCAAGUUUAUGUGGCAUCUUCCUCUGAUAAAUCUUUUGAAGCUCUAAAACAGAAUUUGACUUUAGUUGAACAAUUUACUCCAAAAUGUGUUUUGCUUGAUACUCUUUCCAAUCGAGUCUUAAAAUAAUGGAUUCAGGAUUCAACUGUAGAGACAUAAGAGUAAUAAUUAUUAGGCAAAAACAAAUAUACUCAAUUAUUUCUUAAGGUAUUUCCUAAAUAAAGGGAAUUCUUUACAAUGCACGAUAAUGGCACAUAUGUUUAUUAUGUUAAGAAUAGGCAGAUUGAGUUUUAGGAUUAAUUAUCAGUUGCAUAUUAUGCAUGUAAUGACCCUAAGAUGAUGAUUAUGAUAUCAAAACCUGAUGAAGUUUUAUAAAUUGAGGAUAUAGUAAACAAUUUUACUUUGGAAGACCUAAAAAAUGCAUUUUUGGAUACCAUUGAAAAAAUGAAAGUUGCAAUUUUGAAACCUUAAGCAGAUUCAUCAGACUCAUUUACAGAUAUUAUAUUUAUAUUCAGGAAUACCAUUUUAAAAAAUCACUCAUACAUAUUCGAAACUUAUGUUAAUUACUAAGCAGCUCUUUUAUAAAAAUCCUCAAGAGUUAUGGAUAAAUGUUUUCUAUUUACAAAUCAGUUUUUGGCAGAUCAAGUAGUUAAGGUCAGCAAAGAAAAGUUCUUUGAUUAUAAUACAUUUUAUUUAGAAGAGAAAUUUGAUUAAAAGAGCAAAGAUGAACUUUUGGAGAAGAUUGUCAUCGCUGGUUAUAUGGUUGAUUAUGUAUUAAGAGUUCGUGCUAUGAAUGGAUAAAAUCCAUUUGAAAAUACUAAAUUCAAUAAAUAUUUGAAUUAAGAUGAUAUUCCAAAAUAUUUAGAACUUCACAACUUUUAUGCUGAUUAACUCUAUGACUUUUAGAAUUUUACAAUUUAAGCAUCAAUGUUUAAGGAUUCCUAAAAGAGUCAAUAUCUUUCAUUUUAGGAAUCUGUAAAAAAAUUCAAGGAAAAGUCUUAGACUUUUAAAUAUCAAUUUGAGAUUAUGCAAAACUCUUAAAUGAAAUAAGGAUUGGUCUUGCAAGACCUAUUUAAACGAUAGAUCAGUAAAAUAAUCCAAACAAGAAUGAUGCAAGGGAUAAAUUAAAAGGAUAUCAUAAAAUCUAUGCAAAACAUAGGAAAAGAAAUGUAUUCAAAGGAAGAUAUGAGAAAUUACUUAAAAAUCCUUUUGGAAGCCAAUGCUCUCUUAGGAUAUCCAAUGAAAUUCCCUGGUAAUUUAAAAGACAUGAUGCUCCCAUACAUAUAAAAUUUAUAGAUAGAAAAAGCAGCUAAGGUUGUUUCAGGACUGACAUUUCAACCCUUAACAAAGAAGUUAUCAUUUGCCAAAUUACCAAAAAAAGAAUCAAAACCAGAUGAAUUUACUGACGAUGAAUAAGAUGAAGGCUGCUAUCGAUAUGUAAUAACACAAGAUGGAAGCAAAUAAUAAUUACCUGAAGAACUUAAACACAAAUCAUUUGAAGAAAUGAAGUUAAUAGCUGAUGAAUAUUAAUAGAUUAAUUUCAAAGUGAACUCAAAAGGAAAAUACGAAGUUGUUGAUAAUGCUUAGACUAGAUUAAAUCAAAAGGAAGUGGAUAAACUAUUACAAGAAUUAGAUGCCGAUGAUGAAACUCAGAAAAAUAAAAAAAAGAACUAAGAAAAUGAAGACGACGAAUCAGAAUCCUUAAAUACUAGGGGAAGAAAGAUCAAAUAAAAAAAGAAGUGA